UUGAUAAUUUUGUUUUUAAAGUUUCGCAACCGCCUACAUCUUGUAUGAAAAGAGCUAUACUCUCAGCUACCGCACGUCUGUAUGAUGAUUUAGGCCUUGUAGGUCCAGUCAUUUUAUUCGCUAAAUUACUCAUAAAAGAGUUAUGGCUUCUGAAUAUGGGAUGGGAUGAUUCUACACCGCAACACAUUGUUGACCAAAAUAAAAUUGUUUUGCUUACUCGUCUAGUAAGUUCGGUCUACACUAUAAUAUCCUCUCGCGUUAAAAUAAAAGAAGUUCUCACAUUCCCAGAUUCAGAAGUCGCCCUCUUCUGGGCACUCUCGUCACCGCACAAAUUUAAUACUUAUGUGGCUAACCGCAUUUCACAAAUUCAUACGCAUUUGUCGCCACUUAAGGUGAAUUUUUAUCAUAUCGCAGAGGUUCAAAAUCCUGCUAACUGUGUAUCUGGUGGUCUUAUACCCACACAGUCCUCAGGAUACGCUCUUCGGUUGGAGGGUCCUUCAUUGAUUUCCGUACCUUCGGAAGAAUGGCUUCUAACCAAGCGCUCACCUCACGAUAAUUCAUACUUACCUGACGAUGAAUUUCCUUUUCAAAAGUUUUCAACCGUUUUGAUUAAAGGUUUAUAUAACACCUCUCAAGAUUUUGUACAUAAUUCAGUAAUUGAUUUGAAUAAAAGAAUUUUAGUUCGAAUUAUUUAUCUAAAAACCGCUACAUUUGUGCUAGUUCUACUAAAGGACUACCUAAAUGCGAGAUUAUAUUCGCUAUUAUUAAAUAGGUUUUUAUUAUUGUUCGCUAUAAUUCAAUCCUUCUGGAAACAUUUAAAAUUUAAGCAUUUGUACUCAUUGCGAGUUCACAUAAAGUUCAAAGUCACUUCGCAUCCAGUUAAGGAAAGAGUUGUAGUUUUCUUUAUUGUGGAAAACGCACCACCCCUCCAAUGGCCAAUUGGAAUUAUUACCAAGGUGAUGCCUGGCCGAGACGGAGUGGUUCGUGUCGCACGAGUUAGAACUAAGUCUGGAACUUACGACAGGCCUAUAGUUAAGUUUUGUCCGUUGCCAACUCAGUAGUUUUAAUUUAUAUUUAAGUUGUAGUUUUACUUAGUUUUAAGUUAUCUGCAAUAUUACGCACCCUUGCAAUAUGGGUUUUAAUUUAUAAGUUUAACGCUACUUUAUAUCCUUUUUACUUAAUAAUUUGAUGAAGCAGAGCCUUCAUGCUGAGGGGCGUGGUAAAUCUCAAUAGAUGGCGCCACAUACUUCAAAUUACUGUACUAAUUAAUGUAUCAUAACGGGUCUUCAUAGAUCAUAGAUCCUCGCACUCACUCUAUCCUAUAUAUCCUUUCCUUUCCCACUCAUGGACUCAACGCAACGCUAAUGUACGAAAAAAAAACCGACACCUCAGUGCAAUAUAAUCCAUCGUGUCCGCUGCAAGUGUGCAUUUAAUAAACCACCGCAAUACCACGUGCGCGCCGCCAUUGUGAAGUUAUACAUACCGCUCAUCGAAAACUGUGUCUACACCCAACACGACACAUAGUGCAACAGCGAUUUACAAAUAUACCCUGGCCAGGGAUCAGUGAUGGUAAAAGUGUGGUGACGAGAAAGCUGCAGUUCGGAACAGACUUGGAACCAUUCCAGCCACUUACAGUUCAAACUA